AUGGUAAUUCUCAUCACAGGCGGUACAGGGAAGACUUCUCUUCAACUAGCCCAUCAUCUCCAAUCCGCAUCCAUUCCUUUCCUUCUCGCUUCUCGAAAAGCUGAAUUGACUGCUCCUCCGGGAAUGCAAGCUGUUAAAUUCGACUACACAGAUCCAUUAACUUAUCAGUCUGUUUUCUCUUAUAAAUUUCCGCAUGAUGAAGUCAUCACAGGAGUUUAUCUCGUUGCUCCGGCAAUUUCAGAUCCAGUGCCGGCAAUGAAUGCUUUCAUCGAUGUGGCAGUCAAAAAUGGCGUGAAUAGAUUUGUUUUCUUAAGUGGUAGUGAUUUGGAAAAGGGAGGUGAAUUCACUGGGAAGGUUUGGCAGCACUUGGAUAAUCUGGGUGUAGAACACUCGGCUCUGAAGGCUACUUGGUUCAUGGAUAACUUCGUCAUAUGGCCAUACGUUCAAACCAUCAAGGAAGAAAGUAAAUUCUUUUCCGCUAUGGGAGAUGGUAAAGCCCCGUUUGUAUCAGCCAGUGACAUUGCCAGAGUAGCAAUGAGUGCACUUACCAGCAAGACUCCCCUGGAUAAUGAGUACAGAGUCCUUGGACCUGAAUUACUUACUUAUGAUGAGAUUGCUGCAAAGUUGAGCAAAGGUCUCGGACGAACAAUCACCCACGUCAAGGUCACGCCUGAGGAGAUGAUACAGUGGUAUAUCAGUACGGGAACGCCUGAAGACCUUGCAAAUUAUUUGACCGGAUUAGAAGUUAUGACUGCUAAUGGUGGAGAAGUGAGGGGGAAUGAUGUGGUAGAGAAGAUUGGAGGCCACAAACCAAAGACUUUUGAUGAAUUUGUGUUGGAGAACAGGCAUAAGUUUUGA